GUCUGCUUUCGGUUCCAUAACCUCAAAAUCCAUCGGAAUUGUUAUUAAAAAAAGGAUUUCAAUUAUUGCGGCUUUCAUAUAAAAAUUAAAAAAGUAUUUACGGAAAUAUUACGAAAAAAAUGUAUUUAAAAGUACAAAUACCCUCGAGAUGGAAAUCAGUGAUUUGAUAUUAUUAUUGUACAACUUUUUAACAUAUAGGUGCUAAACUUGAAACACUUAACAGAAUCUUUAUUAUUGUUGCAAUUUAAAAUUACAUAUUCUAUUCAUGUGUGAGUGAAAUAAUAAUCAAUCUCGAUGUCGAGGAUUGAUAACAAUUGAUAUUAAUAGUGGGAUAAAUCUCUGUAUCUCUUGCAAACAAGAUUUAUCAACGAGAGCAAGUAUACUUUUUGAAAAUAGAUAACUUAUUGGGGAGAAAAUGUUUGUGAGGAAAUCUCUCGUUUCGUCAUGCAGCGCUAUAAAUCGUUCGAUGAGCACAAUAAAAGAAUUGGCUUUUAUAAAUGGAAAAUGGGUCGGAGCAAAGAGCAACGAAACUUUUCCUGUUUAUAAUCCUGUGGAUGGUAAGAAAAUCGCUAAUGUUCCGGAUAUGCACGCUGUCGAUACUCAGGAAGCAGUAAAUGCAGCCCAGGAGGCUUUCAAAUUAUACCGAAAGACGACCGCAAAAGAACGGAGUGAUCUUCUUCGUUCCUGGUACAAUUUAUUGGUGAAACAUUCGGAGGACUUGGCAAGUUUAUUAACAAUGGAAAAUGGAAAAUCGUUAAACGAAUCAAGAGGGGAAAUUCGCUAUGGCAAUUCAUUUGUCGAAUGGUUUUCGGAGGAGGCAAGACGCGUGAAUGGAGAAGUAAUUCAAGCACCGUUUCCCAAUCGAGAACUACUUUUAUUAAAACAACCAAUUGGUGUCGCUGGAUUCAUAACACCGUGGAAUUUCCCUCACGCGAUGAUAACCCGAAAAGCUGGAGCAGCCCUCGCUGCUGGUUGCACUUGUGUCAUAAAACCAUCGGCAGACACUCCGCUCACCGCCCUGGCGAUCGUCGAUCUAGCCGAGAAAGCCGGUUUUCCAGCUGGCACCGUCAAUUGUAUAACGUCAGACGUAAAAAAUUCCAUCGAAGUCGGCAAGGAACUCUGCAGUAAUUCCAAAGUUCGAGUCCUCUCAUUCACCGGAUCAACACAAGUCGGUAAAUUACUCUACAAACAAUGUGCCUCGACAAUGAAACGCCUGAGUCUCGAACUGGGGGGAAAUGCUCCUUACAUUGUUUUCAAUUCAGCCGACGUUGACGUUGCUGUUAAUGCAGCGAUGGCGAGUAAAUUUCGGAAUACAGGCCAAACGUGCGUUUCGGCAAAUCGAUUUUUCGUACAGGAGGAAAUAUUCGAGAAGUUUAGGGAAAAAUUUUUGGAGAGAAUCAAAACGGAAAUUAAAUUGGGCGAUGGAUUGAAGAAUGGAGUGACGCAUGGACCGCUAAUUAACGAGAGUCAAUUGGGAAUUGUUAAAAAUCUCGUCGAUGAUGCUGUGAAGAAGGGAGCAAAAAUUCAUUGUGGCGGUGAAGUGGUAAAGAAUCUUGGACCACUUUUCUAUUCACCGACUUUAUUAACAGAAGUCACGAAGGAUAUGGAGAUUUAUAAGCGAGAAAUUUUCGGACCCGUGGCUGUUAUUCAUAAAUUUAAAAACGAAGAGGAUGCAGUUAGGGAGGCAAAUGAUGUUAAUGUCGGUCUUGCCGGUUACUUUUUCUCGCGUGAUAUUUCUCAGGUAUUUCGUGUAGCGAGGAAUAUGGAAGUUGGAAUGGUGGGUGUCAAUGAGGGUAUAAUUUCCUGCGCGGAAGCUGCUUUCGGCGGUGUCAAGGAGUCCGGAAUUGGACGAGAGGGUUCCAGUCAUGGUAUCGAGGAAUAUUUAGAUAUCAAGUACGUUUGCAUAGGCAAUGUCGAACACUAAUUUUCGUUUCGAACCCUUGUCUUUUAAAGAAGAUAUUUUUUAAUUUGAAAUUCUGUCGAAAUUUCAAUUUUGAAAAUAUUCAAUUCUAUUUACAAGUAAAGGGUUGCCACAAAACUUUAAUUUUCUUUUCCUGAUUUCCAGACAAAAUUUUUUU